AUGACGAAUACUAGUAGACCUAAUCUUACAAACCAAGCCCUUCUCGACAAGAUAGACAAGCUCCGAGAACUCAAUGUCCGAGAUCUUGAGUUACCCCAGCUUGUAGUAGUCGGAGACCAAUCUUCCGGUAAAAGCUCAGUUCUAGAGAGUCUUACAGGUUUCGCAUUCCCGCAAGGUGCCGGACUUUGCACACGAUAUGCGACGCAGAUCUCUUGUCGCCGUCGGCCUGAGCAGAGCGUUUCGGUAUCAAUCAUCCCCCGACCAAACGCAGAUCCGGAACUCGUCGAGCGACUACUGAAGUUCCACGUUGAAGGAGAUACGGUUACCGCCGAUGUACUCGAAGAAUGCUUCUCAGAGGCUAACCGACAUAUGGGGAUCAGGAUGUCUUCUGAUGCCGGCGACUCUCAACUACAAGCGUUCAGCGAAGACAUUCUCAAGAUCGAGAUCAACGGCCCGGACCAAGAGCACUUUACUGUGAUUGAUGUGCCUGGUAUCUUCCGCGUCCCCAAUCCUCCACUGACCACCGACAGUGACGUUACCUUGGUCCGCAACAUGGUUGAGUCGUAUAUGCGAAAUAGCCGGACUAUCAUCCUAGCGGUCUUGCCAUGCAAUGUCGACAUCUCAACCCAAGAGAUCCUCAAGAUGGCCGAAGUUGCAGAUCCAGAAGGUGUUCGAACAAUGGGUGUGCUCACUAAGCUUGAUCUAGUGCUGGAGACCGCAACUCGCGAUACCAUCAAAGAACUUGUUUUGGGUGGGCGGAACAGGCUGCGUCUGGGCUACUGCAUGGUCAAGAAUCGCGGCGCCGACGAUCGCGCAUCUACCCUCACAGAUCGACUGGAGCAAGAGAAGCGCUUCUUCUCCAAGCCGGAGUGGAGGUCUUUGUUGACUACAGAAAGGUGUGGCGUGGGCUCGCUCAAGACCCGUCUUAGCAACCUACUAACAAACAUCACAAAACGAGAACUACCAAACGUCAGAUCUGAUGUUCUCGGCCAACUGGCAGCCUUCCGAGAGCAACUGGAUGGGUUAGGGCCUGCACGUACUGACGAGACAUCUCAGCGUACGUACCUAGGAAAUCUCUCGACGAAAUUCCAAACCAUCACUCAAAAUGCCCUGAAUGGCUCCUACGACGGCAACCAUGUCUUCACAGCACAGCCAAGUCUGAAGCUCAUAACUGCCGUGACAAAGAUGAAUGAGGCCUUCUCCAACGAAUUCUGGCAUAAGGGUCACAAACGAACGACAUCCUCCACAUCUGGUGUAAAUGAGGAAGAGAAGGCUUACGAGCUUGGAAAGAGAGAGGAAGACGCCGCGCUAGUGCAAGCUACACUUGAAGACUAUCCUGAGCUAUGCGACAUAGUUGAGAUGGAGGAUUACGAGUGCCCAGAGCCGAUCGCUUCUGACGAAGACCCCAUUGCCAAGCAUAUUGAGCGCGUCUAUCAAGAGAACCGAGGACCAGAGCUGGGCACGUUCUCAGGUACCAUACUGGCUAUGAUCUUCAAGGAACAGUCGGAGAAGUGGCCGCAACUCGUCCAGGCUCAUGUCAGCAAAUCCAUCAUUCUGGUGCACGACUACAUAGCCAAGCUCCUUGCCCACGUCUGUCCCGACAAGGAGAUCUGUGACCUGCUAUGGGAUCAUCUCAUCAUGGAUGCAGUACGCAAAGCAUAUGUACGAGCUAUGAAGCAGGCUCAAUUUCUGCUGCGAAUCGAGCGAGAAGGGAAGCCAUCAACGUACAACCAUUACUUUAGCUCAGAGGUGCAAAAGAAGCGGUUAGCUCGUUUAGACGCUGAUAUCGAAGAGAAGUUCCCUCACGAGGAUGGCGCCGAACCUCAGCUCGUAUCGACCACUAACCUGCGAAAUCUGGUCAUAGACAAAGACAACGUGCAGCAAGUGCGCGAAGACAUUCUUGACGUCCUUACUAGCUACUACAAGGUCUCACGAAAGCGCUUUGUUGACGUGAUUUGUCGGCAAGCUAUCGGUCACUUUCUUCUUGAGGGUGAAGAGAGCCCCCUCAGGGUCUUCUCUCCUGAGAUGGUGUUUGGUUUGGGAGUCGAGCAGCUGGAGUUGAUAGCUGGGGAAGAUGCGGACGCAGGAGAGGGCAGGCGAUCAACCGUAAGUGCCGAUUUGCCAUCGCCACCAGAGAUCGCAGCGCUCACCAGGGCUAUCAAGACACAUACGCGGAAUGCGCCACCUCUCUACAUCCCUGGGAUAUUGGAGUCGCCAUCAACAUGGCCGGCUACGAAUGCCAUCGUCGACGCCCUGUGGGCAGAGGCGUCACAUGAUGAAUGCAGAAUCACCUUACCGUCGACCCCUACAGUAGGACUAGAUGUGCGCCCGGAUUACCUGGUGAAGCCGUUCGGGUCGCCGGAAGAUCCGCUGAUGGUCAUGAGCUCUUACCCGACAAGCGACCCGACAAGUUCACUUCACAUGUCGUAUGGGACACUGAACGACAUGUCUAACAAGUCCAUCGCUGUGCUAUUGAUCAAACUCGGAUACAACGUCGCCAAUGUUCGCACAACCGGCGUGUUCAUGGUGGACGUCUUCUCCCGACGCCUCGACAGAAAGCGGAUGAUUGGUCUCUCUGAAAAGGUCCUAGACAGCGUACCCAGCCAGCUUCGCCUUUAUUGGCAGACUUUCGCGUUUAUCUGUCUCGACAAGUCCACCGCUCCAGUUCUCUUGUUAGCAGGAGGGACGGCGUUCCGGGACUACUGCCAGUAUCUAAAAGAGCGAGGCAGGACAGCAAAGGUCCUAUAUUUGUCCGGCACCCAACGCUACAAAGCAGAAAUCCCGGCAGCAAUGCUAGAGUACUACGACAACAGCCCAACUACAGUUCGUCGUAUCGCCAUCAUCACGUUCCACCCCGAGCGCUUCGCAAGAGAAAAGAGUAAUACAAAGUCAAGCCGAGACGACGACAUGGCGAUCCGCGAACGCCUAAUUGAUUAUGCCCUAAUCAUUCUAUACGGGCAGCCCAACGUCCAGGGCUUGCUCUCCACAUGCGCAUACCACUUCAACCUCCGUUCAGGAGCGCUCGUACGGAAGGACAUCAUCGCCAAAGGAGGGAGCGCUCUGUCCUCAUAUCUCAAGCUACCUCUAACGCUUAAGGAUCCGCUGGACACAUUCCGUACCGCCAUGAAGACGACUAAGAUGCCAUUGUUCAAAGACGCCAUUGCGAGGAUAAGUGUGCUCGCCAUGGAUGCCGAUAAGGCACUCGAUUGGCUCGACCGCCCAGAACUCCAAGCCAUCUAUGGGCCCUACGUCGCAACCUACAAGGCGUCUGUAAUACAGACAGAGGAUAUGAGAGUAAGGCGGGGUCUGAAGCAGGUAGAGAGGAUCCAAGGCAGGCACAAGAGUGAAUAUGAACGAGAGAGUCUAAGAAAGCUUUGGAUAACGAGUUUGGACCCCCAGCUGGGGGGCACCAAGGCGUGUUUGAUUCAGACCGUUCGUGCAAGGAAAGAUUGA